AUGAACUCACCCCCCUUCCUGGAAGAACGCAGCUUCCGCCCGUAUCCGUCCGCAGGGCUUCCCCUCUACCCUCCCACAUUCGGCCCCGUCACCGGCGAAAAGCGUACUCGAAUUCAAGAUGAUCUCCAAGGCUUCUUCGAGGCAGACCUGCUCACCCCAAGCAUCAACAUCAUCCACAAGCACCUCUGGCUCGCAGGAGUCUCCCAACCAGCCCAUCCACUACACGUCCAACUCCUGCUGAAGCGCUCGAUCCUCGUCGUCGAAAACCCAAACUCCCACCUCCUCUUCGACGCCGGCGCCAUAUGCACCAAACCGCUCCCCUCCUACCUGCUCGACCACGCCGUAUGGACGACGCAGCUCUGCCGCAACGCCGAGCUGCACAAGAGCGCCUGCGGCCUGCUGCAUCCGUACACCUGGCUCAUCAACCACGAGAGCGAUAUGCGCAUCGCAAAAGCGCGCGGCCUGGUCCCGAACGGCCUCGCGUGGGCGGCCUGGGCGUGCAUCGUGUAUGAUUUCCUCGACCACUUCGACGACGACGCCAACGCCAGUACACUCCCGAAACGGCCCCUCCUCAACACGCACAUCAACCCCCGCUUCCUCUACGGCGAGCUCCACCACUCCCGCCUGGCCGCCAUCUACCGCCUCACGCUGCCCCCCCCCCUCCGGCUGGCCGCGGCUCUACGCGCUCAUACCCGGGUGGGCUUGGCGACUGCGCGCCUGCAGCGCAGCGCCGCGUUCCAGAAGGCGGCCGAGGUGAUGGCGGUCUUGUCGCUCGUGGCUGUGGCCGUGGCGGUCGCGGUGUUGCCCGUGGUUUGGGUGGUGUUGGGGUUGGUGAAGGUGGUUUUCAUGACGGAUGUGGGGAGGAGGUUUGGUGGGGGCGGCCGGGGGAGGGGGGGAGGACGGGGAGGACGGGGAGGACGGGGCGGUGGAGUGUGA